AUGUCAUCACGUAUACAUUUAAGGUAUCUAGCAUCUCUUGAUCCCUACUUAAAUCAACAAAUCAAAAUGACAGAAAGAGACUCUUUAAAUCCCUUUCUAAUUGUCAGAAGCUCUUCAUCAUUUUAUAAAUAUUUUAUGCCAAAAAAUGCCCUUUUCAUAACACUUUGCUUUAUUCACCUUAAACAAAAUGUAAAUUUGCAGGUUUUUCUAGAUUUACUAUCUACGACAAGGCUAUUUGGGUCAGAACACCGUGGAAUUGAGCGUUUUUUGGGUGUGACAAAGAUGCAUAUAACCCGAAAAUUUUCCAUCAUGCUUAGCAUUGUCCUUCCAAAGGACAGAAGGAAGGGUGUAUUUUCACAAACAAAUUUCGCCAUUACUGUAAAUACAGUGUACUCCAAAAAGAAAAGGCUUUUCCUUUACACUUUGUGGCAAUUUUUUCUGCCUGUAGCAAGUAAAUUUGUUCUUUUUAUCCCCUUUCAAAAUGUGUAUUGUAGAACCGAUCCUAGGGCUGAAUCAUCUUCUUCUCUCCAGGCAUGGAAUUUCCUGGAAACUCUAGCAGAGGAUACGCAGGAAGUGAAAGUAUUUAUUUUAAGAAAAUUAACACAUUUGCAAAUGCCUUUCUUGGUUAAGUACGGCUGUCACAAAUACGUGACACGUUGCAUAUCAGGUUAUGAUAGCUGGUAG